AUGUUCGCAGUCGGUAGCGGCAAUGACAGGUCUGAACGUUAUUUUAUUUUACUUUUAGGUAUAUCAGAAAAGACGGUGACUAAAAUAAGUCAAGAAGGUGCAGUUGCCGCAAGUACAUCUACAAAAAUUUCAACUCCGGGAAAAUCACGCCCACACGAAAAGAGAGUUAAAUUGGAUGACUUUGACUUAUGUGUUAUACGUCAUAAAGUUGAUGAAUUUUAUGCUGUUCGAAAAGAAGAAUGUGAUCACGUCAGAGCUAUUGAAGAAAAAUAUUAUGUCAAUGAUUUAGAAUUGGAUAAAGAAUUGGAUAAUUUCAUUAUUGAAAAUGGAUCUCAAGAGAGUAUAUUAUUUAAAGGAAAUUUAACGAUGAGUGACAAAACUGAAGUAAACAAGAAAGCUCCUGUGACUGAUGAGGAGAGACUUGAACUUUGUAAAAAGUUAGAUCAAGAGCUUGAUGAUUUUAUAAAUAGUUUGGAAAAGAAAACAUACACAGAUGGAUGGACAGAGGAAAAUUGGGAGGAAGAAAUGGACAAACAUCCUUUCUUUAUGAAGGAAACACCUAAAGACGGAGAACUUUCACCAUUAGCAGAGGGAUUAGCCAAACUUAAGUAUGACCCUGAUGAGAAUACACCUCUAGAACUGGCAUCUAGUUACAAAGAAGAUGGAAACUUUAAUUUUAAACAUAAAAACUACAGAUUGGCUAUAAUGGGAUAUACUGAAGGUAUAAAAGUAAAAUGUGGUGAUGCAGAUAUAAAUGCGAGUUUAUAUAAUAACCGAGCAGCUGCACAUUGGUACUUGAAAAAUUAUAGGUCAUCUCUAUUUGAUAGUGAAAAAGCCUUAUCCUUUGACCCACAACAUGCAAAGGCUAGAUUAAGAGCUGCUAAAGCAGCAUUAGAAGCUGGCAAAUAUGACACAUGUAUAGAACAUUGUCAGAAGUUAGAAGAAAAAAAUAGUGAUAAAGAAAUCAUAGAACUUUUAAAUAAUGCAAAAAAGAAGAAGAGUAUGAGAGAGAGAGACGAGAGAAAGCAACAAAGAAUUGUUUCAAAGCAAGCUGAACAGAAAGAAGAACUUAUAAAGGCAAUAAUCCAACGAGGUAUUAAAGUAUCAAAAUGUGAUGAUGAAGAUGAUUUAGAUUUAUCUAAGCUAGAGCCUACAUUACCAGGUGCCCAAGAUUCAAUUGUUCACAUAGAAAAUGGUGUAUUAAUGUGGCCUGUGCUUUUAUUGUAUCCUGAAUACCAAAUGACAGAUUUUGUUAAAGGCUGCCCGGAGACUGCACCAUUAAUUAAUCAAUUAGAACAAUUAUUUCCGGCACCUUGGGAUGAAGAAAAUAAAUAUAAAUGUAAUAGUAUAAAUGUAUAUUUUGAAGGUUAUGAUAAAAUGCCUCAUAUAAUAAAUCCAGGAAAUAAUUUAGGAAAUAUUUUGGUGACAAAAUAUUUUGAACUAAAAGUUGGUACUCCUGCAUUUUUUGUGUUACCAAGAGGUAGUCAAAUUGAGAGAAAGUUUCUUGAAAGUUAUCUU